AUGCUACGAAGCCUCUUUGCCAGAAGCAGGCCGGUUUUUCGGCCAUUCUGUUGGACACAGCAGCGAUGUAGCUCCAGUGGCUGGCAAGUGAGCUCCUGCGGGCGUGUUCGAUUUCCCACGGGCAAGGUCAGCUAUGGACACUUAAGUUGCUCUGGCUACCGUUAUGUCCAGAUCGACAAGCAGGGACACUCUGUGCAUCGACUAGUGGCUGCCGCAUUUCUUGGCCCUCCUCCGGAUCCCACCUGCUGGCAGGUUAAUCACAACGAUUGUGAGCCUGGAAAUAACCACGUUUCGAAUCUGCAGUACGCAACCAAUUCCGCGAAUCAGAAGCAUUCCUAUGCCACCAACUCGGGUCGACAGUCAAGCGCUGCCAAGCUGGCGAAAGCGGUCUUGUGGCGGCCUGUUGGCGAAGAAUCUUGGACGUUCUGCCCAUCGCAGAGGGAAGCCGCACGCUUGCUUGGCGUCUGGCCAUCUGCGGUCCGGAUGUGUUGUUCUGGUUUGAUCAAUAAGUCGAAUGGAAAUGGCGUCUGGUACGAGUUCAAAGUAGCUCCGACAGUAGCACCAGGACGACCCUCAGAUGAGGUCUGGCGGCCUGCUCGAUAUCCAGGAUGGUCUGGUGUCAUUCCAAAUCUAUUGGUCAGUAAUAAAGGCCGCGUAUCCCAAACGAAAUCGGAGGCUUUCCAUUCUGGCACCCGCUCGAGAAGUGGUUAUUAUGUCGUCACCAGGGUGGGCAGGAAGUUGUAUGUGCAGCGCCUGGUUGCAGCCACCUUCCUUGGUCAGCCGCAGUCUCCAGAUCACCAGGUCAAUCACAAAGACUCGAAUCGCGGAAACAACCACAUUCAAAUCUGGAGUAUGUCACGCCGGCUGAGAACAUGCGGCACGCGUAUGCGCAGCGUGUGGGACAGGAUCCGAAGCCAAGAACCCCCAAGCCGGUGCUGGCCCGUCUCCGGGGAGGCGACGGAUCCUGGCUGGAGUUUGAGUCGAUCAAGGCAGCGGCUGCCCACACAGGGAUCAAUCGGGCCAAGCUCUCCCGCAUCUGCCACAGGCUUGACACCGCCAUUUCUUGGGAGUUCCGGUUCGCGCCCGAGGUGCUGCUGCCGGGCGAAGAGUGGCGCCCGGUGGUGCUGCAGGGCGUGA